CUGGCUUUCUGUCAUCGGCAUCUCUUUUCAUCUUUCUGUCUUAACUGGGACCAUUCGAUCGUCUCACACAAUACCGUAUAGCCAUGGUCGUUGAGCGUCUCCAGCAAUUGACCUUCCAGGUCACUGCUACCUCUCCCCCUCCUCAUCCCUUUGAUCCCCUCUCUACCACGGAGAUCGAGACGGCCGUAGCUGUCAUCCGAAAAGAGCAUGGCAAUGUUGUCUUCAAUGCCGUGACGCUGUGGGAGCCCCGCAAAGCAGAGAUGCAGGCAUGGUUGGAGGAUCCUGAGAAGGCACCUCGCCCUCUGCGUGGUGCUGAUAUCGUUGUUAUUGCUCCUGGCGGGAAGAUCUAUGACGGUGUGGUUGAUCUAGUCAAUAAGAAGAUUCUUCAGUGGAAACACACGCCUGGCGUGCAGCCGUUGAUCACCAUGGAGGACUUGCAGGAGGUAGAGCAUAUCGUCAGGAAGGACCCGAAGGUUAUUGAACAGUGCGGUAUUCUUGGGAUUCCACCAGAGGACAUGCACAAAGUAUAUUGUGACCCUUGGACAAUCGGUUACGAUGAGCGGUUUGGCAACGGCAUGCGUUUGCAGCAGGCUCUGAUGUAUUACCGUCCGCACGUCGACGAUUCUCAGUAUACCUUUCCGCUGGACUUUUGUCCCAUCUACAAUGCCGAGACAAAGAAGAUCAUUCACAUUGAUAUCCCGCCAGUUCGGAGGCCUCUCAGCAAAGCUCCUCCGAACAAUUACGAUGUGAAGUCGAUCGAAAAAGAGGGUGGCUAUCGGACAGAUUUGAAGCCCAUCAACAUUACCCAGCCUGAGGGGGUGUCGUUCAAACUCAACGGCCGUAUCAUCGAAUGGCAGAAUUGGAGCAUCCACGUCGGCUUCAAUUACCGCGAGGGCAUCGUGUUGAACAACAUCACCUUCAACGAUAAGGGUACUGUGCGUCCUAUUUUCUACCGUCUGUCGUUGGCAGAAAUGGUUGUCCCGUACGGAAACCCAGAGCAUCCUCACCAGCGGAAGCAUGCCUUCGAUCUUGGUGAGUACGGCGGCGGCUACAUGACCAACAGUCUGUCGCUUGGCUGCGACUGCAAGGGUGCUAUCCACUAUAUGGAUGCAGCGUUUGUCAACAGGGCUGGUGCUAGCACCGUUGUCAAGAACGCAAUCUGCAUUCACGAGGAAGAUUCCGGCAUUCUGUUCAAGCACACUGAUUUCCGGGAUGAAUCUAUCAUCGUCACCCGUGGUCGGAAGUUGAUCAUCUCGCAAAUCUUCACCGCUGCCAACUAUGAGUACUGCGUGUACUGGAUCUUCCACCAGGACGGCACGAUCCAGCUUGACAUCAAAUUGACCGGUAUCCUCAACACCUACUCGAUGAACCCUGGAGAAGACACCAAGGGCUGGGGUACCGAAGUUUAUCCGGGUGUCAACGCACACAACCACCAGCAUUUGUUCUGUCUGCGGGUGGAUGCCAACGUUGAUGGACCGCAGAACACUGUCUUCCAAGUAGACGCUACCCGCAGUGAGGCGGAAGUUGGAAGCGCCGAGAACUACUACGGCAACGGCUUCUAUGCGAAGAAGACCAAGUACACCACUCCUCUCGAGGCCAUGGCCGACUACGAUGGCUUCACCGGACGCACCUGGGAAAUCGCCAACACAAACAAGCUGAACCCCUACAGCAAGAAGCCUGUCUGCUACAAGUUGGUCAGUCGAGAAGUGCCUCCUCUCCUCCCUAAGCCGGGAUCGUUGGUUUGGAAACGAGCGGGCUUCGCCCGACAUGCCGUGCAUGUUACCAAAUAUUCCGAUGACCAACUUCAUCCAGCCGGCCGCCACGUCCCACAGACCUCGGGUGAACCCUCCCACGGCCUCCCCGCCUGGAUUCAAGAAGCAGGGCCAGACAGCUCCAUUGACAACACGGACAUCGUCCUCUGGCACACCUUUGGAAUAACUCAUUUCCCGUCCCCUGAGGAUUUCCCCAUUAUGCCAGCUGAACCGAUGACCUUGCUUCUGCGCCCACGUCACUUCUUCACCAAGAAUCCUGUCCUCGACGUUCCACCCAGCUACUCCCGGACGCCGUCUCAAAUUGCCGCCGGGGCUUCUACGUGUGCCUGCAAGAAGGGUGACGGGACCAGCGUACAGGUCUAAUUAGCGUUCGGCCGAUGUUCUUUUAAAGCGAUUUAUAUAUAUGUGUGGUGGUCUUUCUCAUGUUAUUCAUGAAAUGCAACUGGGCAAAAGGUGGAUAUGGAGGAUGCUUUCUUGUAUAUAUCUAGUUACGGUACGGAUUUUGAUGACCAUGCUUGCAUUCAAUUGAGGUUUCUUUCUUUGCCUGUUUACGUCUGUCCCUUAGAUGGAGCGUUUAGACAAGUUCAACCUGGACAGAUGCUGCUGAUUCCGUCGAUGGACGGGUUGGCGUUGGGCCUUCCUAAUAAAGAAGUUAGUUCUUCAUUCCUGAG